AUGGACAAUGCAGCAAGCCGCGAUGUGCGGAGACAACCUCUGAAUGAAGACGUACUUCGCGCUAUUCUCGCGAAGAUCCCUCGUACGGACCUCAUAUCUGCGUCUCUGGUCAACCGCGACUUCGCCUCUAUAGCGCGGGAUUUCAUCUUGCGCCGAUUCGUCCUGGAUCUCGGUGACAUUGACAAAUGCAAGCUUAGGCUGGGCACCUUGCGUUCAAAGCCGAACAUCGCCGGAUUUGUGAAGGAACUAUCCAUUAUAGGGGAACUUCAGACCAAACCGUGGUGGCAGUAUGUGGAGAAUUUCGAAGACGAGCAGGAGGUCCCACGGGUAGAGGCUCUUGAGGAGCUGCAAAAGCUCAUCCAGGACGGGAUUCUUACGGCAGGUUUGAGAGAAGUAACAUGGGAUGCUGGCCUGGGCAUGCCAGUUGCCCUGAUUGAGGCCAUCCAAGCGGCACACCCGGAGUGUACUUUCGUGUUGGAUAAAUACGCGGGUUCGCCUCUCCCCCCUAUGCCCAACCUCGUUUCGAUUACUGCAACCGUGCACGUUUAUGGCGAACCCAUACUUUGCUUUCGGCCCAUCAUCCUUCAUUCUCCGCGGUUGCGUCACCUCCGGAUCGCAUCCUAUCAAGACGCGGGCUGCGUUGUGCGCGGCUUUUCUCUCGACCAUGUCUUUCCACGCCCAUUCUUGACGUGCGACUGGACUGGGCCGCUCUGCGGUAGAGACGGUCCCUUCAUCGAGGAACUUUCCCUGAAGCAGAUGAGCUGGACAACUGAUGGUGCUGCUCGGUCCGUCCGGGAUAUGUCCUGGUCGCGCUUGCGCAAGCUGCAGUUGGAUCGCUGUGAUGCGAUCCCUCUGCUCCGAGCAUCUGUACCGGCCUGCUCGAUGUUUCCUUCCUUGGCAGAGUUCACGUACACAAUGUGGUAUGACGAUGAAGGAACACGGGCCAGUGUCACGCAGGCACUUCAAGAAUUCCUAUCGACCGCCUCAGGACUUCAAAGUUUACGCCUGGAAGGACCCUAUCCCCCUGUGGUAACCACCAUCAUUGCACACCACGGAGAUACCUUACGAUCCCUCAUCCUACAUGAUCAUGAACGCCCCAACGAACCCCAGCGAACUACCAUGAAGACGUCGGACCUCCUGGCUCUGGGCGAACGUUGUAGUUCGCUACAACAUCUGGGGUUUGACGUUGAUCCGGGUUACAGACUUGCUCAAGAAGUAGGCGACUCUGAGGUAGAGCCCCUGGCAAACAUCUUCAAUUCGGACGGACGCUUCUCUGCGCUACGCAUGCUCACUCUCUACACCAUGUUGGGGAUCACUCAAUACCAAGAUAGAGACACGGCGCGUGACCUCGACGCUCUCAAACAGCAUGUAUCGCCCAUCAUGGUACCCGCAAUUGGCAACGCCGGUGCAGUCGAGCGUGGAACAGGGAAGCUACAGUCGAUCGUUAUUAACAUCGGGGAGCAAGAUAGAGAGAUGGGCUUCGGAUACCCCGCAGGUAGAGUCUUCCCUUGA